AUACAAUAUUCCCUUAAUGAUAUUAAAGUCACAUAGAGUCCAAAUUCAAUGUAAGACUCCUAUCUAAACAUAACCUCAGUUAUCUACAAAUUAAGUUGCCAGGGGGGGAAAUUUAUUAUUUUUUUACAUCAUUUGGUAGUUUACAGGAACUAUGUUCCUGAAUGAGAAUUUUUUUUUAGCAUUAAAUUUAUUAUUAUUUAGGGGACAUUAAAACAAGACAAUGGUCAACGACAAUCACUUUAUAGCACUUGUGGGACAUUCGAAAUCAGUAUGUUGAGAAGCUUCCUGCUCAGAGGACUUGGAGUGGUUACUGUAUAGUAGUUACCGAAGUCACAUAAAUUGCAAUAACAUGAUGUAUCAUCCAGAGGAGGUGGUAAAGUUGUCUCUGGCCAUGAGCUAUUUAAGAGAGAGGUUCUUGCAUGCUGUUUUGAGCCCCAAAAAGUGAGUUAAGGCAUCCUGUGAGAGUCCCUCCUUUCCUGUAAGUCACUGCUUUUGGCAAACCCCUGAAGUCAUAGCUGGGGCAGGAUUCCAACUUCCCUUUUUAGUUUCAUCAUGUGUGUCUGGGUUCUCUCAUUUUUGAUGAUCAUAUUAGGAGACCAGAAGCUAAAACGAUGGUGUGUCACUGCUUUGUGGGAAGAGGGUUUGCCCAGUUCAAGAACUCUGUGGUUGAAGCGGUAUGAUUGGGACCAGCACUGUGACUUACUGCCAGGGCAGGAAUCUCUUGGCUAAAUUGGCACAUGUGCUACCACAGCGGCUGUGGAAGGCCGUCCAGUACCCCUGGGACCACCUGCUUCACAGGCCAGUCCGCAGAUCACCGGACUCAACCAGUAGCCACUUCUGAAAAGAGUCAUCAGUUCCAAAGGAAUCUUUGUGUUUGCAUAUUUGAAGCCAAGAUAAUUACUGGUAGCCUCUGCAUAACAAAUGUAAUUUCAAUUAGACUCUUUUUCCAAAUUAAAAACUAUUGCUUGUGUGAAAUGAGUAUUCCCGGUUUUUUAAAGUGCAUUUUUAAUGUUUUUAUUCUGGGAACAUUAAGAGCAUUGAACAAAAGAUUGUCCAAUUACUAUAUAAUGUUAACAAAUAUGUCGAAUCCUUCACUUCCGUGGCAGCAAGCGAAGCUGGUGAAGCAGGACUGUGCGGGAUGAUUAUCACAGAGAUUUUUCAACCCCAAGCUAGAUGGGAUGAUAUUUGAAAGUGUAUGGCUACAGAAUAGACUUUUUUGGCUUUAAAGAAAAGUUACAAGGGGUUGGCAAACACUUCUUCAUGGCUUAAUAUCCGUAACAUUUAAUAAUGUUGUGUUUCUUGUGUUGAAAUAAUGUUGCAACUUAUGCUCACAUUUAGGCUAUUGAAUAAAAUUAAAAACGUGA